GUAUGUAGUACUUUCACAGUGCACAGAGAAGGAGUUGAUACUGCCUCAGGACUGUCGGAUACGCUAAAGCCUAAACAAAAGCAGAGUGAUUGUACUUACUUGAUGAGAUGAGUGGCCUGAGUAGUCGUGAGACGAAUGCAUUGGUGUUGAUUGCAUCCCAGAACACUGAAAAACAUUGUUUUAAUCCUUGGCCCAUUAAGUUGUAAAGUUGUGUAGAGUAAUGUGGGUUAAUGUGUAACCUUAAUUAAGAAAAAGACAGCACACUUUUGCCAAUAAAAAUAUUGUCUUCUUUUUUUUUUUUUUUUUUUUUUGCAUGAAGUUGGUUGGUGAAGCGUUGGGAAAGUGAAGCUGAGAAAGCAUUUUUUUCAUAAAAUGUCAAAUACAACAGCGACUCUUAUUAGAAAAGGCUGGAGGCUGCCUUGUAGCUCCGAGGGUGUGCUCUUAAAAAUAAGUCUUCCUUCUGCCUCAACCUAUCUGCUGCUCGGUUCAAAGGUCACCGCCGCCUCGUGUUUAUAAACACUGUCUUGUCUGCGGCGGGGAAGCAGUCUUGUAAGCUCUGUUAGGCUGACUUCCAUCAUUCAGGUUUUGGUCAGAGUUUCAAACACUAAUUAUUUCAGAGAAAAAAAAUCAUCAAAGGGGACCAGAAGUUUGGGGGCAAUGCGAGUCCACGUGCACACCAAGUUCUGUUUCCUGUGUGUGCUCACCUUCCUUUUCCACCAGUGCAACCGUUGCCAUGGAGAGGGAGGCAGCCAUCAUCACGGUGAACACCAUCACAGUGCCCACAGCGAUCAACAGAUUUCCGAGGCUCCUUACGUGGAAGCUACCACAGUGUCCUCAGUUUCCAAGCCUUCCAAGGAGGAUACUCUAGAGGAAGAGCAGCGCUUCUUCAUUCAGCAGCUUUUCCGGCGUUAUGGUCAGAAGGAUCGCCUAGAUUUCCAAGGGUUUCAGAGUCUGCUCUUUAGUCUCGGUUUGGGGGAAGUCAAGGUUGUGGGUGUGGAUCACGAGGAUCUCGGUCAUGACCAUGUUGCUCACCUUGACUUGCUGGACUUGCAGAAGGGGCUACAUUCACAUUCAGCCUCCAACGAAGGUCCCGAUCAUGGACACAAUUCUAAACACGAUCAUUCACACAAGCCACAUUCCCCGCAGCCACACGCCGAUCGUAAUCCCACCCCCUGCAGCAAGACUACGGCUGCCAGUCCUGCUGCCAACACAGAACAUGACCAUGACCACAGUCAUGAUCAUGAACAUAACCAUGAGCACGCUAAAGAAAGGCGUAGCAACCAUGAACAUUCUGUGAAACACUUGGAGGAUCAAGACGAUCAUGACCAUGACCAUGGUCACACACAUGAUGCAGAGCAGGUACAGACAACAGCCAACCACAAAGACCUGCCUCCUCAGUCUCAUGGUAAUCAUAGUGAUGAUCAUCAUCACGUUCAUGCUGUACACACAAAUAUGACCCAUAAAGCCAUAGAGCCGCCCACUACCCCUCCAGGGCCAUCCGAAGAUACAGAACCCUCUCCUUCACCAACACCUAACUGGUCCAAACGACCCAGAAGGCCAGAGAGGGUCAGAGGACAAAGGAGGAAAAACAAAAACUCUCCUCCUCCGACGUCUCCAUCUCAUCAUAUUCAUGAUCAUGAUCACGAUGAGGAACAUGACCACAGUGGCUCUCAUAAAGGCAAAAGAGAGGCACCAGGGGGCCUCGCCGCCCCCAAUAAGCAAAUGCUCUCUGGACAUCCUGGUGGACUGUCGCAUCAGCACGAGGAGUGUCUGAACCUUACUCAACUCCUCUCCUACUACGGCUUAAAUCCCGACUCGCUCAUUUCCCAGAGCCAGUUCACCUAUCUCUGUCCAGCCUUGCUAUACCAAAUCGACAGUCGGGUCUGCAUCCAACACUACCAUCAGAUGGAGGUGGAGCAGGAGGCGCUAGAGUCUGUGAGCUCAGUGUGGGUCUGGGUCUGGGGCUUCGUCUCCAUCACCAUCAUCAGCCUGCUGUCUCUGCUCGGGGUGGUGCUGGUUCCCAUCCUGAACCAGUCCUGUUUCAAGUUCCUGCUCACGUUCCUGGUGGCGCUGGCCGUGGGCACGCUCAGUGGGGACGCUCUCCUUCACCUGCUCCCUCACUCUCAAGGCCAGCACGACCACAGCCAGCAUGGAGCCGGCCACGACACCGACCUCGCUACAGACUUUGACGGCGUGUGGAAGGGCCUCACAGCGCUCGCCGGCAUCUACCUCCUCUUCAUCAUCGAACACUGCAUCGGCAUGUUUAAGCACUACAAAGACCAGAAGCAGAGUUUGGGGAAGAUGAGUGAAGAAGGCCACAUUGGCAGGAAGCUGUCGGAUCACAAGCUGAACCGGCGCUCAGAUGCAGAGUGGAUGCACCUGAAGCCUCUCACUGAAGACCCAGACGGAACCACCGUCUCCUGCGACAACGGCCACAACGACACACAACUCUCAGAGCUCCACACGCCCGACUCCCCCACCCACAAGACGCCACUGGCCCCGCCCAACCCCCAACAGGAGCAGCCGUCGCCCAGCAAGAAGGACGUCCGUAAAUCCAAGCAGCACAGACACUCGCACUCACACGGACACGGACACUCCCACGGAGGAAACUGCCACUCGGACCAGGAGAUGAAGGACGCUGGAAUCGCCAGCAUCGCCUGGAUGGUCAUCAUGGGAGACGGCAUGCAUAACUUCAGCGACGGCCUCGCCAUAGGUGCUGCGUUUAGUGCCAACAUAACGGGCGGCAUCAGUACAUCUGUGGCUGUUUUCUGCCACGAGUUACCUCAUGAACUCGGUGAUUUUGCCGUUCUGCUGAAAGCUGGGAUGUCGGUGAAGCAGGCCAUCGUCUAUAAUCUGCUGUCGGCCCUCAUGGCCUACGUCGGGAUGCUCAUCGGCGCCGCCGUGGGCCAGUACACGCACAACGUCACCAACUGGAUCUUCGCCAUCACGGCGGGCAUGUUCCUGUACGUGGCGCUGGUGGAUAUGCUCCCAGAAAUGCUCCACGGGGACAGCGAAGAGCACAAGCGCUCCCACUUGGGACACUUCCUGCUGCAGAACCUGGGCUUGCUGACGGGGUUCAGCAUCAUGCUGCUAAUCGCCAUUUUCGAGGACCGCAUUGUUUUUGACUUUGGCUUUUGAAGCAGGAGAGCGGUCUGGACGCUCCUCGGCCUUAACGUGCUUCGCUCCUCCGACAGCUCUGUCCUGCAUGCGGUGUGCCUCUCGUCCGUGCUCCCAACACGCUGCUGUGGUUUUUGUGUCUCAUGACUCAUCGUGUUACCCCCCACCCCCUACACCUGUCUUCUGUCAAUUCCAAUAUGUCAGGUGUGGAGCAAAAAGAAUGGAACAAAGCUUUUGGGGAGCUCGCCCCGCUCUGUGCUGUGUCCCAUCAUCCUCGUGUGGCGUGCUCUUCAUCAUCACGCGUUCGUUUCUCUAUCCGUCGUUCUUAUAGCUGCCAAAGCCUUUAGAAACUGGCAUUUACAGUCAUCAGUAUUGUUCCUUUAGAUUUUUUAUUUUUACCUAUGAAGUACAAGAGAUCAACUGACCACAUUUUUGUAAAAUUUUACAGUUUGUAGCAAAAAAAAAAAGCAUAGUUAGGUUCUUUUAUUUUGUAGGAAUGUGAAUCCACAAACUAGAACUUCGUCUCCAAAGUGUUUCGUUAAUUAGUCAUUUGGAGGUUCCGUUUUCACAUCGAUCAUUUGUUUUUGUAUUAAAACAAGCAGUCAUACAACACAACUGUAUUAUUGUAUUCUCUUCCUGACAAUCUCAGACAAAUUUAUUUUUUCAACCAGCAGCUGAAACCACGAGACUGUUUCCCAGCAUUCCUCUGCAGACACAUAUGCAUACAUUCCAUUGGCUGUUCUGCAGCUGGAGCACACGUAUGUGUGCGUGCGACUUCAUUAUGCUGUCACUAUGUGACAUCCGUGUCCGCGCUCACGGCGCCGCUUGUGAGUGAAGCGAUGCGGACUUUGUGUUGUUUUGUUCUUCAGAGUCGUAACGUGGAAAGCGUUUCCUUUAAGCCGUAUUGUGAUGAUCGAGGGAAACUCCUUUGGGGUAUAGUGCACUUUUUGUAAUCACUGCUUGGUGUCGGCAUCAGCGCAGCCAGAAGGAACGGUGACGGGAACGGUGACGGGAACGACGUUAGCCGCUCACUUUAUGACAUCAAGUUUUAGUUGAAGGAUUAGACACUAUACCCCAAAGACAAAGAUUCCUGCUGCUUAUUUAUCACAGAAAAGCCAACAAUCUUUUUUUUUGUUUUUGUCGUUUGUUAAAUGUACGUUUGUUCAAUAAUGUGCUGAUAAAAUGCAAACUGUGACAUUCUGGCUGUUUUGCUUGUCUGUGCGUUCUUUUCAUGGCAGAAGGAAAAUAAACAGAAAAGAUUGAGUGA